GCGGGGCUCAGGUACAGAGGGUCACAGACACAGAGGGUCACACACAGAGCCACACACAGAGGGUCACAGACACACACAGAGCCACACUCACACAGAGGGUCACACAGAGGGACACACACACUCACACACAGCGCUGAGGCCGCUCUGACCGCACAGAGAAGGAGAACGAAUUAAAACUUCAGAGCAACAAUGAGCCCAACACUCGGCCCUGAAACCGGAGCGCACAGAGCGCGGAAAGGAGUCAAAGCCAUAUUGCUCGGACCCCCGGGGGCCGGGAAAGGGAAGGCCAAGAGGCUAGCUGACCAUUACUCCGUCUGUCACUUAGCGACGGGUGACAUGCUGAGAUCCAUGGUGGCUUCUGGAUCGCCACUGGGGAAGCGACUGAGCGAAACCAUGAACGCUGGGAAGUUGGUGAGUGAUGAAAUGGUUGUGGAGCUGAUUGACAAUAACCUCGACACUCCACCCUGCAAGAAUGGAUUCCUGUUGGAUGGAUUCCCACGCACCGUGAAGCAGGCAGAGAGGUUCGAUGAGCUGAUGAAAAAGCGUUCUGAGAAGCUGGACUCGGUGAUUGAGUUUAAUGUUGAUGAUAACUUGCUGGUGCAAAGGAUCUGUGGCAGGCUGAUCCACCAACCCAGCGGCCGAUCCUACCACAAACUAUUCAACCCGCCCAAAGUGCCGAUGAAAGAUGACGUGACCGGCGAACCCCUGAUGAAACGCUCAGAUGACAAUGAGGAAACGUUGAAGUCUCGGCUGGUGGCUUACCACACCAUGACCUCCCCUCUGAUCGCCUAUUACCAGAACAAAGGGCUCCACACCGCAGUCGAUGCAUCUCAGUCUCCGGAUGUUGUUUUCACUAACAUUCUAGCAGCCUUCAGCGAAGUCACAUCCACCUGAAAAUUUAUGAUGCCAGGGACAAGCCACAGUGUACCCAGAUCUCAAGUUCAUAAACUAUCUGUUUACAUAGUGUUGGGGGGGGGGUGGGGGGAGUUGUUUGGUGGUGGAUUAUACCUAAGUGCAAUUUAGCUAUCCAGUUAUUAAUUAUCUCAGUAUUGGAGGGGCUGGUGGAUUGUGCAAGUGUAGUUGAUAAAUUGCAUUGGCAUUUAUGCAGGUUUCAUAACAUAGGAAAAAACAUUGACAUGCAAAGCUUCUAUUUUUCCCUAUUUUUCUAAUAAAGAUGAAUGCAAUACUCUUCUUGUUGUGGAUGCAAAGAUGGUUGAUUUCCUCAUUGUGGGUGAUGUUGAGAAUGAUUUGCAAUGCCAUCUUCCAGUAAAAUUUUUUGACUAUUGGU